UCUCACUUUUUUUUUUUUUUGCAUCGCGGGGAUGUCGGCAUUUGAAACACAACAGUGGAUGUGUGUGAAAGAUUUGAGUUUCCCUGAUUGAUAUGAAUGGCUUCCACUCCCAGCUGGCUGUAGGGGGAUCUGAGAGUUUUGAAGCCCGUGCGUAUGGCAGUUGACAAGCUAUGCAAACAGUUUUCUCAUCCUAAGGAUGGAAAUGAUUCGUCUGCCGCCGGAAACACAUCCAGCGUUUUUGCCGCCUUGCCUAUGCCAUCUUGGAUGUGGCGGAAUUUAUUUGAGAAGAGGCGAUUUCGUUGGUUUAUAUAAAAAUUAAAAGGACACACGGGAAGCAGGAAGCUGCUAUUUCAGAGCUUUAUGAUAUAGGAGACAAAAAAGAAAGAAAAACAAUUAGUACUACUUAAGAAAUGCUUGAAAUACGAAGGGUUGGGGGUUUUUGCCAUGAACGAAGCGCGUGAUUACGUCAUCUGAAUGCGUCCUGUUGGAGGAAGGCGAGUACUGGCGCGGAGAGAUGACGGACAGAGGGACACAUCAGUACUUGUGUAAAGGGGCAGAAAGAAUCCGGGUGAUGCUUUGGAUGGGUCCGUAUAGCAAGACAACACGGGGAAACAUGAGAUAAAGCGAAAAAGAGUAAUUGAGCCUCUUCUUCAUCUCCUCGUCGUUUAUUACACGUUUUAUGAUUUGGGCAAUUGAGUCUUUGCAAUAAUGGGAAGAAGCUACUUCGUGGAGGAAGCUGUUGGACAAUAUUUAUCAGACCUGACUGCUAAACCAAAAAGACUUAUUACUGGUCUUUUAGUAGGGCAGUGUUCCCAGCAGAGAGACUAUGUUUUGCUGGCUAUUCGAACUCCUGUAAAAGAGGAAGAAAGUAACAGUAGUGCAAACCACCAUACAGAUUUGUCUAAUAUUGAUGAAGAAUGGACAGCAGCACAUGCCAGACAAGUAUCAAGAAUGCUUCCUGGCGGGCUGCUAGUUCUUGGUGUUUUUAUCAUUUCAGUUCCAGAGCUGGCAAAAGAAAUCCAAAAUAUCCUGAGGAAGCUUCUUUUUGCAGUAGAAAAGUCUGUAGCUAGAAAGAGAUUGUGGAACAUCGCAGAAGAAGAUGUUUCAGAUAGAGUGGUGCUUCAUCUUUGUUCAACUACAAAGAAAAUACUUUGUCGUACCUACGAUGUGCAAGAUCCAAAGAGUACAGCUAAGCCAGCCGACUGGAAAUACCAGAACACUCUUUCUGCUUCUUGGCUCUCUUUAGAAUGCACAAUUAAUGUUAAUAUACAUAUUCCUCUCCCUGCCACAUUGGCCAGCCACAACGUAGAAAAAAAUACCAGGAAUGGAUUAGGACAUUGGGCUCAACAGAUAGAGAAGGCUGUCUUUUUGAUAAAUGGACAAGCCAGAGAAGAAGAUGCUGACUUACUGGAAGGACAGAAAAAAUCAAGAGGAUAUAUGCCAUCAGCUACUAGGAAUCUUGAUGUUAGGGUCUUAACACAAUUGAUGCAAAGUACAAACUCCAGAUCAACAGCUACAGUUCAAAUCUGCAGUGGUUCCAUAAAUCUUAAAGGAGCUUUAAAAUGUAAAGCUUACAUCCAUAAUAACAAGCCUAAAGUUAAAGAUGCUGUUCAGGCCUUGAAGAGAGAUAUAAUAAACACUCUCUCUGAUCGUUGUGAAAUAUUGUUUGAAGAUUUGCUUGUCAAUGAAAUACCAGGAAAGAAAAACUCCGAAAGGGAAUACCACAUCUUACCUUGUAGAGUUUUCACUCCCAUUGUGGGAUCCAAUGUGUUGCUUUGUGAUUAUAAAUUUGGUGAUGAGACAAUCAGGGAAAUUCAGGAGCAUUUUCUUGAAAUGAUGGAUCAAGCUGUUCAAUCAGAUGAUUUGCAUAUUGCUGAGGAAGUGAAUACAGUUGAAGUAAGCCUGCCAAAGGAAUUCCAAGAUAAUACACAACCGAAGCAAGUGACAAAAGAAAUGCUACUGUUGAAACUACAUCAAAAUAUGGGAGUGGUGAUAGCUGUGGCAGUUGCCAUAUCUGCAAUAGCUUUCUCCUUUAACUACUUCAGUGAUUAAGCUUCAGAAAGCAAGAACGAACGUCAGAACUCAUGUCAUUACAGAUGUACUGUAAGGAUGCAAGCGUCUUGAACUGAAUACGUUAAGAUAUGUUGUCAUCUAACAAUAGCAAUACAUGGCUCUAAAAAGCAAUUAUUCUCUUCAUGAAAGUAAUGUAGGUGGUAUACAUUGCUUUUUAGGGAAAAGUGAGAGAACUCACAUUGUCAACUGGCACAUCCAAGGGAUUAAUUUUUCAGGGGACAACUGAAACAUAACAUAUCUAUUCUAACGUUCUCCUUACUUAAUAAAAUGUAUAAAAACCCUGCUGAUAUGGUGCUUUUUUAGGAAAUACGGGAAUUGUAUGAUAUACAAUACAAGUUCCUUUUUCUUUGAAUGAACCCAUAAGUGGUUUUUUUUUCCAGUUACAUACUGUGAUUAUUUAUCUUCCUUGAUUCAUCUACACCUGUCACAGAGUAUAUGUGAUGUGAGUAUAUGUAUACAUAUCUAUUUAUUUCACAGUGAAGAUAUCCUGCGCCAGCCAUGGUGGAUACUUGUGAUUCUGUUAUAUAAUAAUACAACAUAGAAUAAAAUAGUUAGUUGCUAUGAUUGAAACCCCAGCUAAGGGUUCACUGGAAUAGGAUAUAUUUUACUUACUUGUGAAACACAAGAAUGACUUUAUACCUCUAUUCUAUUACAGAGAAGGUGUGUCGUUAUGUCCAUGUUCUCUUCAUCACACUUUCAGAAAGAGGAAUGUUCUGUGCAUUUUUCUCUCCCUCCCUCUCCCCACUUUUUAACAAAACUUUAUUUUCUCUUUCCUUUGGGAAAACUUCACAUGUAAGUGAUAGAGAUUGUUCCUCUCCUGAAAAUAAACUCAUGUGAUGUGGUCCUUUAUUGGUAUAUAAAGCGUUACAGGCUUGGAUCAUGUCUAACCUGCUGUUUUGAAAUAUACAAAGUUUAUUUGCUUCCUCUUUUAUGUCCACUUCAUUGUUCACAACCCAAAGCCUCAGGGGAUUGAAUAGUUUACAAUAUUGCAAAAAUAAAUAAGUUUUAAAAAAGUAAUCUGCCUUUUUAUCUGAGUUGCUUUCAGUUGUCAGAUAUUAACUUCAGUUGUCAGAUAUUAACUUGGCUAUGUUGGUCACCUGAUUUAUAGGAACUUUAUUACUAAAGUUUGUAUGCUGCUCCAUUUCAAACUCUCUUCCAUUAAUGUCACUUCGACUUACAACAGAAAAAGUCAGCAAGUAAGGGAACAUCUUUAAGAGAUUCUGGAUUUAUACAAAGAUGCCCAUCGCCAGGAUAAUGAGUAUAUGUUGCAAGAAGUCUCAAAGCAAAAUACUUUACAAUGCUAUUUACGGAAGAAAGUAAAUAAUGAUGGAGAACACUCAAGAAUGUUGUGAGUGUUCAAAAACCUAUUCACUCUGGGAGUGUCCUGUUAAGGAAGUGUUCUGUUUAGAAAUUCUUUCCCCCUUCUCAGUGCAUUGUGUCUGCCAGCUUUCACUGGUAGUCAUUGUUAAAAGUUGAUCUGAAUUUUAUAUUCACCUGUUCUCAGAUUAUUAUCUUUCUAUUCUUGUAUAUGAAAUAACCACAGCAUGGCAUGGAUCUAUGUUGUGUUAAUGACUUUGAGGCUGUUAAUGUUGAGGUGUUAAUGACUUUGAGAAGACGUGACUUCUCCUUCUUUGAAAAUGGACAGGGAGAAAUUAAGAUAGCCUUGAGUAAAACAUCUGAUAGAGUUCUGCCACCCCUCCAAAUUAAGAGCAGGAAAAACCUUUCUCUUUUCUUCCUACCACCUCAUUUUUCUGCUGGUAAAGUGAAUAAGACACCUGUCAGAAUGUUUUGAGAGAACCCAGUUUAGAGCCAUUCUACUCAGCUGAAGUAAUGGCUUAAGUAAAGAGCAGGAUCAUGCCUGCCCCAUCUUGGGUCUGUUUCAAUAGCUAGGAGGAAAAUAACAAAGUGUUGCUUCAUGAAAUGACAGAUUUUUUUCCAUCUUCUCUGCCAAUACAACUGCUGAUUUUCAGACUACAGACUUAAUAAAUUAAUUAAUUAGAGAUUCUUAACGGCAUUAGAAAUUCUUACAGGCAAGAUCUUUCUGAUGCAAUUGCCCUUCCCUUCUCCAAGUCUUCUAUGAUGGAUCUGGUUGAUACCACUUGUUUCUUAAUCCUGCAUUUUCCACUAUUUCACAGUUUUCACAGUAGCUAAGCGUGGGCUGCAAGUUUUGUUUUCCUGCGAGUUCUAUUAUAAGGCUACUUUAGAUCAUUGUUACAUUGUAAGUUGCUGAUUUUCAAGUUGUAAAAAUAUGAUUCCUUUUCUAGUAGUAUGGUUAACUCAUUUUUUGACAAAGCAGAAUGUCACAUGUCUGGAGUAAUGCUGUUUGUUGGAUGGUGGAAUCCAGGUUAAAUAUGGCGACUCAGUCAGAUUGAAAACUGAUCUUCUGAUGGAACCAGAAUGAAGGUGAUGUUUCUUGAUCUCUCAGCAGGUUAUAAGAUAAUAAUACAGAGGGAAUUAUAUAAAUCAAAUAAAUAUAUAAAUAAAGUUCCAUUACUGCAUAUUUCACGUUUAGGGGUUCUAGCUCCAGGUACAUUCCUCUAAAUAAUGCAUUAAACAUGAUAACUUUACCCUUUGAGAAUUCAGAAAUUGUACUUCAUACUACUGAUAGUGAAGUAGUGAUGCCUCAUUUCUUUAAGAUGGCAACCAAUAGGGAUUUUAUGAUGGAUUUAAGCUAUAUGGUGGGAGUUAGUGUUAAGUUUUGAAGUUUGAGUGUUGCAGUUGGGAUUGUUUUGUUUUUGUUUUUUGGAACAGAGGAUGCUCCUGAUCAUCUUACUGGGACUCUGAUAGUUGCAGACGGCUUUUGACUCCUGACGGAAAAAGGCUGUUGGGACUCUGAGCUGGCUUCCAGCCUCAGACGGUCAGAACUGCCUUUGGAGCAUAUGCUGAUUACUGGGCAUCCAAAGCAGUAGUUGUGGUGAAGCCAGGAUGGACACAAUUGGUGGUGUUGCAGUACUGCGGUUGGAACUGAAAUUCAGCUGAGAACUCAUAAGCUACUGAGCAAGUCUUCACCAGAACACUAGCCAUGAUAGUGCUCGCACAGCACCUUUUAUUCAAAACUAUUUUGGACCAAGUGUGUUAAUGUUUAUGCUGGCUUCUGAUAGACUUCUGUGUUCAAUUCAGAUGGCGGUGAUUCCCUUUAAAACCUUACAUGGCAUAGGACCGGGUUACUUUUCCCAAUAACUUCCACAGGAAAGGCAUGCUCCAGGUUCCUUCUUUUAAAUCUUGCCCAUCUUAUGUAACCUAAGAAAUGUGGCUUUCCUGUGGACACUUUCCAGUGUGUGCCCCUGUUUUUUGGAACAAUUUGCCACCCCCUCCCCCAAUAUACAAUAGACCGCAAUUCUUUUUACCUUUAGAAAAGCCAUUAAGACCUGGGUCUUCCCCCAAGCAUUAGGGGUCAACUGAGUGGGAGUCCCCCUGUGAUUGUUUUGUUGUACAGCUGAUUGCCAUUUUAUGUUUUGUAUUUUUAUAUUGUCUAUUAUUACAUGGGAGGGGAUUUGCUUUUUGUUAAUGAUCUGUGUGGUUAGGAGCCAGCACUGUUUGAGAUGGGCAGUGUAAUCUGAAAAUAAGUAAAUAAAUGACUGAUCU